UGCCAAACCAUUAUCAGUGCCCUACCUCAUUAUUACAGACCAUUCCAGACCUUAAUGGUCACCCCGUGCCCUGAUAAAUCUCAACGUUCAUCCUGCAAAGUCCCAUCACAAGCGAGGAACACAAACAAAUAGACAAUACAAUUUUUUUUUCCCGUAUUGAUACUAAAAUUCCCUGUACAGGAAUAACGUGUAAACCGUAUGGGGUUGAUGGCUAUGGGAUUCAGCACGGCCGGCUACGUACGGUGCGAAAGAAGUUGAACGUGGCCCAAUCACAACAAGCGCAAUAAAUGAGACUGAAUCUAACGAUCGCGAUUCGACGGCUUACAAAUUCAUUCCGGAAUCGAUUCCUUCCGCCCCCACACACAUACACACACAAGACACACCCCUACACAUAGGGCCGCAAGUCGUACACGUGUUCGACAGAUCCUUCAAUCCACCACGCGCGAGUCGCACGCACGCACGCGUGAGAUUAAAAAAAAAAUUGGGGGGGGGGGGCGACCGAUUAAUCGCGAGGCGAGCGAUAAUCGAUACAGCCUUCCUCGCGAUCACCCGUGGAUCGAUAUCUCGUCCAAUGGGAGAGAGGAAGCCGUGGCUCGCGCGCGACGUCACCGCGGGAAGGGGUCAAAGGGCGCCCCCCCCCCUCACCCCCCCACCCCUCCACAGCGCGGCUGCUGAUAGCCGGGCGGCUACCGCUCGCCUCUCCCGAGUGACUCCCCGACUCACGUCCGGAGCGUCGCAUGCUGCAACAGCGCGACAGAUAAGCGACCGCCCGGCCGGCCGGCUCCAUGGAGGCGCAGGUUGCCCGCAGGCACUCGCUGCUGGAGCUGCCGUGGGAGGACGUGCUCAUCCCCCACGUGCUGUCCCGCCUGCCCCUGGCGCAGCUGCUGCAGCUGCAGUGCGUGUGCCGCCGCUUCCGUGAGCUCGUGCGGCUCCACCUGAGCGCGGCCCGCUCGCUCGACCUCAGUCAUGUGGCGCCGACGUUCCCACGCACGUGCUUCUCCGAGCUGUUCCAGCACAGCAGCGCGCUGCGCGAGCUCGUGCUCACGGGCUGCUCCUCCUGGCUCACGGACGCUGAGCUUGUGCCCCUCGUGCGGCGCAACCUCCGCCUGCGACGCGCCGAGCUGGCGCGCUGCUCGCGCCUCUCGCCGGCCGGCCUGCACGCGCUCGCCUCCAGCUGCCCGGGCCUGCGGCGCGUCGGCCUGCGCGGCUGCAAGUGGCUGGAGCCGCUGUGCUUGCGCGGCCUCGCCGAGGGCUGCCCGCAGCUGGAGUCGUGCGACGUGAGCGAGUGCCUGGGCGUGACGGACGAAUGCCUCGCGCGCCUGGCGGCCGGCUGCCCAGGCCUCAUGUCGCUGGGCGUGGCGCUCGACUGCGGCCUCACGGACCGCGGCGUGGAGGCCGUGGCCAAGGGCUGUCCCCGACUGCAGCACCUCGACAUCUCGGGUUGCUUCCGCGUCACCAACGCUGCCGUGCGGACGGUGGCGGAGUACUGCCCAGCGCUGCGUUCCCUGUCCGUGAGCGGCUGUCAGAAUGUGACUGAGCCCGGCCUGGCGCGCCUGCGCGGCCGCGGCGUCGCCAUCGACAUCGAGUCGCCCCCGCAGCACGCUGUCAUCCUGCUGGGAGACCUGCUCGCCGCCGGGUACCUCCUGCCGUACAUCAACCUGCAGAUCUGAGCUCGGAUGACUCCGGAGACUCGCCGUGUCGCGAGCGCCAGAGCCGACGCCGGCGGGUGGCUGGCCCGGGUUCGCAUCUGUUUGUCGGCCCACCCCGUGAUGUGACCGAGCCGUUGAGUGUCGCGAGUUUUAAUCAUCUCGGUGCCAACACCAGAGACUGCACUAAGAAUUCAUAAUUUUAUAAAUCUUUUUUUUUUUAUAUAUAUAGUUCAGCUCUGAUACAGUUAUACAGACGAGCAGAUGCGUUUUGUGUACGUGCGUCUGUCUUAAUUUGAAUCGGUGCCGUUUAUGUUUUGCGAGUUAUGUUUACCAAUCAUCAGGUGUGCGACAUGUAACGACUGUUUUAAUGGACAAGAUUGGUAGACGUGGAAAGGUGCACUGGUAGGCCGCGAAGACUGGAUUUUGUGGAAUCCUGUUCUGGAGGGUGUAACACAAGCUGGUGAUGCCUGUCACGUGUUUCUUCAUGCGUGACUCUUUUAGUCAAAGUGUCUCCCUUAUGCACUGGGCAAUGCCAAUAUCUGUUGGCAGCCCUGGACCAGUGGGGGAAACACCACAUUCGUGUAUGGUUGUUCGCGUUAUAGGACAACUAUUGUUCACUUGCCACAAAGUGGUACUCGUUUUAACAACCCCAGAGGGGUGAUGGGCUCGGCCAACAUUUGGAACGGGAUUUAAACGUGUAACCUGCAAUGGUGUGGUAGCCUCGCGGUUGUCGUGCUACAUGGCUGCUAUUUUCACCUGUUCUAUCCCAGUUCUGUUAUUGACAUCAAGACUGAAGAAAUGAGGACAGUCUUCCGUAUCAUAGGGGGAUGGUGCUGGUAAGUUGGUGCUGCAGAGCAACUGGUGUUUAGCAGCUCUAUCGCCCACCAGCGGUUCACUUCACAUCUGUUGUAAAAUGUCCGCGUGCAAAUGUAUCACUAGCCAAAUCGUAGAAAUGUAACUUGUAUAAUGUCAUUUUGCAUAGCCCACUUGGUCACUGGGUUGAGAAUAUCGAACUUGCUGUACUUCAUAAUCUGGUUUAAUCUUUGUAGCUGAGGACUCGAACCCAGGUUUCCGAGUGUUAGAGGCUCAGUUUUGCAAUACGGUCAUUGCCUUCUGAGUCACCACCUGCAUUCGGUGUGUUUUUUUUUAAUUGACACAGUGAUUUGUGGCACAUUUUACCAAGCUAUAAUGUGCUCUGAUUGAAAGAGUGUUGGUGUAACGACUGUGUGUGCUUGUGGAGCCACAGCCUGCAGAGCACGUUGCUCGUGGGUGCUUACUGCACGAAGCAGUCAUUUUAAAAGAUGUCCUGAGAUGUCAUUGCAAUAUGAAAGGCUAAAUAAGGUAAUGAACCAAAUAUAUAGAUAUUGCACAGGUUCAAACUUUUAGAUAUUUUUUUGUGUGUUUUAACCAGCAUGCAUUGACUCCAGAAUAUUGGCUUUACAUUAUUAAAAAUAAAAAAAAUAAAAAAAAUGCACUUUGUUCAGAAACUAGUUAGAACACUUGGAAAUACAGUGGCAGUAAUUUGGCAGAAUUUGAACAAAAAGUGCCUCGAUUAAUAACAUGUAUGUUGUGUAUACACAACAUAAAAUGAGUGUCAACUUGUACAUGUGCUAUGAAGAAAAACUGGCUUAAUGCAUAUAAUAUUUGCUCAGUAAUAACACCUGUUUACCCAGGUAUGCCAUAACU